UUGUUUUUGUUUAAUGUUUUGAUUUUGAUCACAUUUUGAUAUUUGUAUUGAUUGAUAUGUAAGUUUCCCAGUUACCAGCAGUUACCUUUAAACUUCUAAACAAACAAAAAAUAUAUAAGUCAAAUGCUUGUGAAACGACUGUUAUGGAUAAAAUUGAUACAUCGAAAAACAUUAAAAGCGAAAUUACAAAGUAUUAUCUUAAUUUGAAACAGUCCAACAGUGAAGGUUUAUUGUUGACUAUACAAGACACAAGUGGAAGGAAAGGAUUACGAUUUGUUUACAGUGAUAUUCACGUUAAUGGAUGUGUACUUGCAUUGGCAAAUACAGAGUCUCAAAUAUAUUUGAUCGACUUUCGAACUAAAAGAUAUUGGUUAUUAAAGAAACUUGACUCAUGUACUUGUAUUAAACUAGCAGAUUGUAAUGAGGGAGAGAUAUUUGUAGGGAAGAAUAAUGGCGUCUUAGAAAUUCUAGAUAUUGAUACUGGAAAUGUUAAAGAAAAGUUACAUGGUCAUGAACAUCCUGCAAUAUCUAUAUCAUUUUCUCAAACAAAUAUUUGUUUAUCAGCCUCUAAAUAUGAAGCUCUAAUAUGGGAUUUAAUUACAUAUAGUAAACUACAAGUUCUAUCUCUUGAGGAAAAUUGUAUUUUAAAAUUUGUACACUUUAUACCUAUUUCAAAUAAUAUUUUAGUAUGUUACCAAGAUGAUAUUAUUCAAAUUUGGGACACAAAUAAUUUAAACAGUUUGAAACAGUUUUUACCAUCAAAUUGGAGAAAUUACUGUGUGAAAGCUAUUUCUUUUUCAAAAAAUGGAAAGAUUAUGGUUGUCAGUGGUUACUUACCUAUUUUAGCCAUAUUUCAGUUAGAUAUAUGGAAAUUAUUAAAAAUAGUUAAUUUACCAAACUAUAUAAAUACUGUUAAAAAAAUUGGUUUUAUUUCCCAAAAUUUUGAUGGUGGUAAUAAUAAAUUGCUAGCUAUCCUCUCAGGCAAUGGCAUUAUAUAUUUUUACAAUAUAGAAGAUAAUAUUUUAAUAUCAAAAUUAGUGUCGAAAUUUGAAAUAUAUAAUUAUAACAUUGCUUCAUCAAAUACUCAAUAUUUGUCUUGUUUAUUGUGUACUGGCGAUGUAGAAAUAUAUGAUAUUAAUACAUUUAUAUUGAAGAAUGAAAAAACUGUUGUAGAAAAUGCAGAAUUUUCUAGCAGGGUGUCAAGAAAAAAGUCAUUAAGAAUUUUGAAUAAAAAAGUUGGUAUUUUGGAGAAACAAAAGAUUCAUUCUAUAUUGGAAACAGAAAAACUUAAAGGAAUUAUAAAAGAAUAUGAUGAAUUUCCAGAGAUUCAUAGGUAUACAAUUUGGGAAAAGAUUCUCAAAUUACCAAACAAUACAAAGCAGUAUAACAAUUUAGUAGAUCACAUUACCAUUACAUCUUUUGAUGAGUUAUAUCAAAAGUUUUACUUGGAAGAUAAAGUGACUAUGCAGUGUUUAAAACAUGUAUUAAAUAACAUUGUUACAUGGUGUCCAUUUUUUGCUCAAGUUGAUUAUUUACCAUUCUUCUUAUUUCCUUUUAUUAAGGUGUUCCAUAAGAAGCCCAUUGCAUGUUUUGAGCUUUGUUGUACUUUAAUAAUUAACUGGUGUCAACAUUGGUUUGAAUAUCAUCCCCUACCACCUUUAAAUAUUCUAGCAGUAAUAGAUAAUAUUUUGAUGGAACAUGAUGCAUUACUAUUACAACAUUUUUCUUCUUAUAAAAUUAGCCCUAACAUAUACUCAUGGAUAAUUUUGGAGUCUGCAUUUUCGGAGGUCUUGACUGCACCUCAGUGGUUGAAAUUUUGGGACCAUGUGUUCAUAAAUGAGCCAGCUUUUCUUCUUUGUGCUGUAGCAGCAUACAAUAUUCUGCAAAGGAAAAAUUUAAUUUUGAUCCAUCAAGAACAGUUAUUUUAUGACUUCUUUCAUAGACAAACUCCAAUUGAUGUAAAAAAGCUUAUUAGCAAAAGUUAUAACAUUUUAAAUAAUACAAGCAAUACAAAUCAUCCCAGACAAUAUCUGAAUAUGUUCACUUGCUUGACUUGUGGAAAAUACCCAAUUUUUGAUCAAUAUCCAAAAGAAGUAGUCGAUUUUCAAAGUGAACAUAUCAGUUAUUUACAAGGACAGUUGGAAGAAAUAAAAAAAUUGAAGGAGAAUACAUUAAAAGAUAAAAAUAGACAAGAUAACAUUUUAAAAGAUACAAUUAGAAUUGAAGAAGAAAGGAGAUGGAUUGAUAUGGAAAAAGCAUGUAUUCAAAAAAUUAAAGAUUACCAAGAAGCUCUAAAAAUUCAGCAACAAGAAUUGAAAGAAAUGAGAUCACAACUAUACAACAAAGAAAAGGAAAUUAUUGAUAAUGCUCAUAAAGACUUCAAACAACAUACAUCAGCCAAAAAUGCUGGUACAAUGGAAAUAUUAUUAGAUGGGUUAGAUCUUAGUAAAAAGCUCAAUGAGUCAGAAAUAGAAAAAAUACGAGAUUUAUACAAUGAGAAAUACAUGAAUUUAUUGUGGAAAGAACAAAAUCUAGAGAAAUUUCUUCAUUCAGAACAACCACAUGCUGAAUUUGGAAAUGAGUUAUAUUCUGCUCACAUAGAUACUAUGGCAGUUAAAGAUAAAAUACACAAAACGAAAUCUGAAGUUAAAAUGCCAGGUAAAGCUGAUUUAUAUCUUACUAUUACAGCACUCAAUAACUUAAUAGGAAAAAUAAAGCGGCAGUUAGAAAAAGAGUAUCAGAAUAGCAACUAUGUUUCUGAAAAUGAAAACACAAUGGUUCAACAAUUAGAACGCGAAACAAAAUCUCUUGAAAAGGAAAUAUCGCAACUACUUUCAUUAUUGGGUCGAAAAAAUAAAACAAACUAUAAGUGUAAAGAGAAUUGUAAAUCUGUGAGGUUUACAAGUGAUUGAUUUUUUAGGAUAAUAUUUAUUUAUACAUAAGUUAUUCUAAUAAAUUUAUAUCUUAA